AUGCAGCAACCUUGAUACCUGCAUCGGCUGCAUCGAGCGAGCAGUACAGAGUAAACUAUAGCUUGCAAUGUGCUAAUGUAAAUUUACCAGGAAACAAGCGCACUUAAAAUUUCUUGUUCUUCUGCUUCUGUAGAUCCUGAAUUUGUGUCCUGUAUUUGCUACAAAGCAUUUCUUGACACAUUUCCGUGGGCAAAAUAACGUGCCAUGGAAGCGUCGGUCGCGAACAGUGUGACCAGGUACCGCGACGACCGUCCUAACUCGACGUCGGAAGAUGACUCCGAUGAUGAGGAGACAUCCUGGAAACGACAGGCAACUGACAAGGCCAGAAAGGCUGUAGCCAAAGCCGGGUAUGAUUUCUCCAAAUGUGCUGCUUUAGCUGGGGUGCCGCAACAAGUGUCGCCGUUCAGGAAGAAAAAGGUAAACAAUGUGUGGGGCGCUGUACUCAGUGAGCAGCUGCUUAUGGAGGACCUAGGGCAAGUCUCAGUGGAGUCAUCCCAUAUGGUCAACUGGAAGAAUGACCGUCACUGUGAGAGCUACGACUUCACUCGUAAGAACCUCGACACACGGCCAGACCCCAUUGAGCCGGAUGAUCUCUUUGAUGGGGACAGUGCCACUACACAUGACGUGGUUGACAUUCAGGACCCAAGUUCUCGUGGCCAGAAGAGGUCAAUCAUGGAUCGGCUAGGAGAGCAUGCCUGCACCCGUCCCUCAAGGUCACGAAGUCCAAAACUUCGAGGGGCUGGAAGGCAACGGCGAUCUAAGUCAGACAGCUCCAAGUCGAGCGGUUCGGAAGAAGACGAUGAACAAGCAGCUGAGGUCGCUGCUGACAUAGCAAAUCGACUAGAGGAGACUAAUGUGGAGCUUGUGGGGCGGGUUGUACAAGUCCUUGGUGUCGCACGGUCUCGCAAGCUGUUGGGCAUGACGGAAGACAUCGAAUCAUCAGGGGGCCUACUGACCAGGGACAAGAGUCGACGGCGGACGCCUGGCGGCGUCUUCUUCUUCCUGGUCAAAGCUAAUACAUCACGAGACGAGGCGAACAUGGUCUUUGGGGAGGAGAUUCGGCAACGAGAGCGCAUGCGCAGAAAGUAUCGGAAGGAACGUAGUCGUAUGAUCAGAGAAGAGCAUGUUGCUCUAGCGGCGGCGGCGGUGCCCGUGAGCGACGCUACCGAAGAGAGAAAAGAUGCGGAGGAGCCCGAAAACCUGGAAGAUCCUGUAAGGCCGCAAGAACCCGACAGCGGGUGCGUCGAGGUCGAUAUGGCGGCCGCCGACGACGAAGACCUGGAGGAUGGCGAGAUCGUGGACUGAGGGUGGAACAAGUUUAAUGUGACACAAUAAAAGACACAGUGAGAGAAAAAAAAA